AUGGCGGAACAUACCCUUCCCAACGCAUCUAUCAAUAAAAUCCUCAAAAAAAUCCUCCCAGAAGGAAACAAAGUUGCAAAGGAUGCAAAAGAUUCAAUUAACCGAGCCAGCGUUGUAUUUUUACUAUAUAUCACUACAAUUGCAAACGAAAUUUCACUAGAAAAUAAAGGGAAAAAGAAAAAGGCGCAAAUUAUGCCUGAGCAUAUAAUUCAAGCUUUAGAAGAAAUGGAGUUCAGAAAUAUAGCCCAAGCAGUCAAAGGGAUGAGUCCUGCACCAAUAAAGAGAAAAGCGUAA